AUGAAGAAAAUGUUCACCGCCGAUCAGAUUAAAGACUGGUUCACUGUUGGGACAGCGUUUGCCAACUGCCAACUGAACGAUGAAGUGACCGAAGGAAAGUCCCAAACAGACAACAGUUUGAAGCAGCCAGAGGAGACUGAAAAGACUUCAAGAGAAGGUGAACCUGAUGACAAUAAAGAGAGCACCAAAACCUCCAAAAAGCAGGCACCUUGCUCUACCAAAACUCGCCAUCACACAAACGAUACACCUCCUACUUUGGCCACCUACGAGUACCCCAGUCUGCCAGUCAAAAAGAAAAGAUAUGAGCUUGUAUCCCUCAUAGAAAACAAUUCUGUGGUGAUCAUUCGAGGAGCCACAGGCAGCGGCAAAACCACCCAGGUUCCACAAUACAUUUUAGACCACUACAAUGAGAAGAACGCCCCUUGCAACAUUGUGGUCACCCAGCCUCGGAAGAUAGGAGCCUCAAGCAUUGCCCGAUGGGUGGCUUCUCAGAGGAAGUGUACUUUAGGCAGUCUCGUUGGCUAUCAGGUGGGACUGGAGAAGAUGGCCACAGAACACACUCGUCUGAUCUACAUGACCACUGGGGUUCUUCUACAAAAGCUCGUUGGAGCAAAGUGUCUCACAGAGUAUUCCCACAUCUUUGUGGAUGAGGUCCAUGAGCGGACUGAGGAGAUGGACUUUCUCCUCCUGGUCUUAAGAAAACUCCUGCACUCAAACUCUCGUCAUGUAAAGAUCAUCCUCAUGUCUGCCACCAUUAACUGCCAAGAGUUUUCUGAAUACUUUGGUGUCCCAGUCCGAGGAAAAAUGAUCCCAGCCUAUGUGUUUGAAGUGGAGGGUGCUCCUUAUGCUAUUGAGGAGUUUUAUUUAGAGGACCUCCAGCCCCUGUUCCAUUGCAGAGCUUUCCCUCACCCAGAUGAUCCUGACAUCUCCAUAGACAUGUACAACCUUGCCAUUAACCUCAUCCAGAGUUUUGAUGAAGUUGAGGAAAAAGACAGCAGCAAAAGGGAAUCCAUAGGAACCUCCAGACAGCAAGGCAGUGUUCUGGUUUUUCUUCCUGGAUUCUAUGAAAUAUGCUACAUGCAAGAGGCGUUGUCCAAGCUGGUCCACAAAAGGCUGCAGGUGUACCCUCUGCACUCCACGGUGACUCUGGAAGAACAGAAUGGGGUGUUUUUGUCUCCUGUGCCAGGCUACAGGAAGGUCAUCUUGUCUACAAAUAUUGCUGAGAGUUCAGUCACUGUUCCAGAUGUUAGAUAUGUUAUUGACUUCUGUCUGGCUCGUCACCUGGUUUGUGAUCCUGACACUAAUUAUCAGUCCUUGCGUUUAACCUGGGCCUCCAAAACAAACUGCAAUCAGCGAAAAGGUCGUGCUGGCAGGGUGUCAAAAGGCUUCUGCUAUCGCCUGGUGACCCGCGAAUUCUGGAAGAAAGAUAUUCCAGAUUACAUGAUUCCUGAGUUGUUGCUUGCACCGCUGGCGAGGAUCUUGCUAAAGGUGAAACUCCUGGACAUGGGUGAUCCUCGCUCCGUUCUGUCCACUGCUCUCUCACCUCCAAACUAUGACGACAUCGUGAGGACUGUACUGCAGCUGAAGGAGAUGGGAGUGUUGUCAACUGAAAGUGAGACCUGUCGUCAAAAUGAAGACGGGCAGUUGACUUUCUUGGGCCGUGUCCUCGCUCACCUUCCCGUUGACCUGCACUUGGGGAAAAUGAUAGUCCUGGGACAUGUCUUUGGAUGUUUGGAAGAAUGUCUCAUCAUUGCCGCCUCCCAGUCUCUGAAAAGCUUCUUUGCAAUACCGUCCAUGCAAAAACUUGCUGGCCACAGGAGCAAGAUGUCUUUUGCUCGUGGGACGCCAAGUGAUUCUAUUGCUGCUCUUAACGCUUUCAAGGCCUGGUAUACUACCAAAAAGAAAGGGCAACUCAGACACCCUAAGGAUGAGCUGGACUGGGGAAAAGAGAACUUCAUUCAGAUCAAAAGAAUCAGAGAGGUGGCUGAGCUGUUUGAAGACCUGAAGAAGCGUGUGUCACAGUUCAACAUGCACAUCGCUGAGAGCAGCCAGCCUCUGGACUUCACCAGCUCAAACCAGCAGAAGUUUAUCCUCUUGGUUGUAAUUGCUGGUGCAUACUAUCCCAACUAUUUUCUUCAAGGAGAGGUUGAUGAAGACCUUCUCUCAAGAGAGCUGUGUGGCUUAUCCCCCAGAACCACAGUGAUGGUGAGAAAUCUCCCCCCGUACAGUUUUCUCUACUACAAACAGCUGCAGUCCCUCUUCCGACAGUGUGGCCUAGUUAAAGCCAUUUCCUUUGACAGUUCCAGGGCGUAUGUGGAGUUUUACAGACAUCCUAAAAACUCUGGCGUGCUGCCUGAUGUGUCCCUGGCCCUCCUCCUGUCCCAGCAGAGUCCAGCCCUGCAACUGUCGGUGUACCGGAUUCAGGAUAUAGAAGUGUGUGCUGGUCACCGGAAUAUCACUCACCUCAAACAUGGACGGGUCAUUGCGGACUUCCAGACCCAAACCGUGUCUCCCACAGGUCUUUUAAGUGGUGACAUUGAACUGGAGAAGAUCCCAACAACCCGCAUGUUUGUUGUGAGCAUCACAGAGGUGGUGGAGGUGGGUCACUUCUGGGCCUUCCAUGCAGAUGAAGCCAGUCUGAAGAAGCAGCGUCACAUGACUUCAGAGAUAAACAACCGCUCUCUGCAGCCGGUGUCAGUGUCUCUGUACUCCAACCUUAUCUGUUUGGCCCCAUACUCUGAGGUCAACGACCAGAGCAUGUUCUAUCGAGCCAAGAUCCUGCACUUGCGUGGGAACAAUGCCCAGGUGUUCUUCCUGGACUUUGGAAACACACUAGAGGUUCCUUGCAGCAGCCUCAGAGAGCUACCCCCUGACCUCCUGUCAGAACCAUUUCAGGCCCAAGAGUUCCAGAUCAUAGGAAUGCGGCCCUCUGCCCAGUCAAUAAUUAAAGGCAAUCCAUGGAGUAGCACAUCCCGCGACCGCUUUUUCACUUUGGUAAAGGGCACCUCCUUAAUCGUGUCUCUCUACUCCAUCCUUCAUGGAGUGAUGCGAGUGGAGUUGCUCAUCAGCACAGACACCCUACAGUCAAAUGUGCGGGACAUCCUGGUGCAGGAGGGACAUGCUGAUAUAGUGGACGAGAGUUUUGAGUCCAAGCAAAAUCACGAGAUGCUAAUGUCUGUAUACAAAGACAAGGUGGAGGGGACAUACGUGAGCAACUCCAUUAGUUCGUCGCUGCAAGAGCGCAAACGAGAAGAUCAAGAGGUUAUUGACAGUCUCCUGAAGCACUUCAAGACCCGCCUCACCGAAACCAAGAUGCCUUUGCACGGCCCGCAUAACUCUCAUAAAGUCUCGUUCAACAGCUUGAGCAGCAAGAUGUUCUUCAAGACCGUUGUCGUUGAGAGAGACAGUAUAAACUCUUUGACCAUAAAUGACACUCCUCAUUACAAACACCAGAGGAUGUUGGCGGCUGGAAAAGUUUCUGUCAACUCCACUGGAACCCGUAUUCUUCUGCGAGAAACCACCUUGAUGCCGGACAUCCCUGGUCUGCCAGCGCUCAUCACAAUGCUCUUCACUCCGAUCAUGGAGCUUCGGACAAAUGAGGAGCGCACGGCAUACACUGGGGCUCUGUGCGGCCUGGGCUGGAACAGUGACACACAAGACGCCGUUCUUCCGGACCACGACAUUGAGCUGGCCUUUGAUGUCAAGUUUGAUGUGGAAGAUAUCACUGAGAUAAAUGCGCUCAGGCUAGCAGUGAACCGGCUGGUGUGCGAGGGACCAUGUGGAACUCUUCACCUCGGUCCAGACAGGAUGGCCCAGCUCCAGGACGACUGCAGAGAGCGACUGAUCAGACUGUUUAGCAAAUGCCCGAGUCGAGAGGUAACUCCUCCGAUUUUCUACAGCCAGAAGGAGCAGUGGAACCAGGUGGAUCCAUCUCUCAAAAUGGAUAUUGUCCAGCCAGGGGCUAAGAGGCACAAAGGAGUCUUGUUCAGGCUUCACCCAGUCACUUUGCUCAACUCGUGA